AUGUGGGUCAUCACCGUCAUCUCCGUGGCCUGUCUGCUGGUCGGUCCAUCCCUGGCUGGGAUCAAAGACCUCAGCUCUCACUUCGCUGACCCUGAGCCGGAACCUCGAGGCUUUGAGCUGGGGGGGGCAGUGGAUAUGGAUGCCAUCCCGUUGGAGUUCCACAAAGAAAACACCGUUACGAAUGACCUGGUUUUCGAUGGCUUCGAGGAUGAAGACUAUAUCGAUUUUGAUAAGAUUCUGGCUGCGGGCAGCGACGACUACAUAGAAGGGGAUGCGAUAGAUGAGAUCGCCACACCAGCCCCAGACAUCGACAUCUUUGCCAAACCCUCCGACCCCAAGAUCCGCCGUGCCAGACUCCUGCGGCUCUUCCACGGUCGGUCUCGCCUCCGGCGCCUCAACGUCAUCAACGCCCAUUUCGGCUUCAACCUCUAUCGGAGUCUCCGCAACGACGUCAACCAGAGUGACAACAUCCUGCUUGCGCCUGCUGGGAUCUCCGUCGCCAUGGGGAUGAUGUCCUUAGGGGCGGGCCCUGGAACCCGGGAUCAGAUCUACGGGGCACUGGGAUUCGCAGACUUUGUCAACGCGAGCCAUCAUUACGACAACACGACGGUGCACAAGCUCUUCAGGAAGCUUACGCACCGGCUCUUCAGGAGGAACUUCGGUUACACGCUGCGCUCCGUGAACGACGUCUACGUCAAGAGGGACGUGGCGAUGAACGACGCUUUCCGUGCGGGGACGAAGGCUUAUUACUUUGCCGAGCCGCAGUCGGUGGACUUUGGGGAUCCCGGCUUUCUGAACAAGGCCAACCGCCGCAUCCUGAAGCUGACCAAAGGGCUGAUCAAGGAGCCGCUCAAAAGCGUGGACCCAAACAUGGUGCUGAUGCUGCUCAACUACCUGUACUUCAAAGGUACAUGGGAACAGAAAUUCCCGAAAGAAAUGACUCACUAUCGCAACUUCAGAGUUAACGAAAAGACAAACGUGCGUGUGCCAAUGAUGGCCAACAAGGGGAACUAUCUGGCUGCUGCCGACCACGAACUAGAGUGCGACAUCCUCCAGCUCCCUUACACAGGAGAAAUCAGCAUGCUCAUUGCCUUGCCGAGGAAGAUCACCGGCAUGAGGACCUUGGAGCAGGAGAUCUCUCCCACUGUUGUCAACAAGUGGCUCAAAAACAUGACAAACAGGACCCGAGAGGUGGUGCUACCUCGGUUCAAACUGGAGCAGAACUAUGACCUGAUUGCAAAUCUGAAGGAGAUGGGCCUCACUGACUUGUUCCACGAGAGUGGAGAUUUCUCUGGAAUGACCUCAGAGAAGGUCUACAUGAACUGGCUGAAGCACCAAGGAACCAUCACUGUGAAUGAGGAGGGGACCGAGGCUGCUGCUCUGACCCAGAUGGGCUUCAUGCCCCUCUCCUCUCAGAUCCACUUCACCGUGGACCGGCCCUUCCUCUUCCUGAUCUACGAGCACCGCACAGACUGCCUUGUGUUUAUAGGCCGGGUGGUCAAUCCUUCACAGAACUAA